UUUUAAUACGGCGCCGUUGUCUCUCACAGAAUGUUAUAAUGGACGCGAGCAGUUAUGACACCCCUCCGCGCUGCUCAUAUUGGUAUGAGCCGCUUCGCACGCUGACUGGAAACAUGUGGUUUACUGUGUUUUUUGGAUAGUGGAGUCUCAAUUUGCCGGUUUGUCAUGUAGACAAACACAUCGCAUAUUUUGGUCAAUAACUCAGUGAUACAGUCUGUAAAACGACUCAAGACCAAGAACACACAGUUGUCACCCCGACAGACAGGAACUGAAGGGCCUUUAACGGUCUCUCUGGAUCAGACAGGUGAAGCCUGUGAUUCGUUAUCUUCCAUCUGCUCAAGAGAUCAUUCCUCAUAUUGUGUGAGCUGAUUGGUCGUGGCCAUGAGGAGGUGUACGAAUUGUGGAGGGACGGACAUUGAUGUGGACCAGGCACGGGGUGAUGCCGUGUGCAUGGGCUGCGGCUCCGUGCUGGAGGACAACAUCAUCGUUUCCGAGGUAACCUUCGUGGAGAACAGUGGAGGAGGAUCGUCCGCCGUAGGACAGUUUGUCGCUGGUGACUCAUCUGGAAAUGUUCCAUCAUUGGGAGGAAACUUCCACACUGGCGUUGGGAGGGAGUCCAGAGCUGCCACUCUACAGAAUGCUAAGCGACAGAUAAACCAUCUUGGUCAUCAGAUACAAAUGAAUCAGCACUGUUUGGACACCGCCUUCAACUUUUACAAGAUGGCACUCUGCAAGCAUCUGACCAGAGGACGCAAAUCAUCCCAUGUUAUCGCCGCCUGUCUCUACCUCGUCUGUCGGACGGAGGGAACACCUCACAUGCUGCUUGACUUGAGUGACAUCCUGCAGGUGAACGUGUAUGUUUUGGGAAAAACCUUCCUCGUUUUAGCCAGGGAGCUGUGCAUCAACGCACCAGCUAUUGAUCCGUGUCUUUAUAUCCCGCGCUUUGCGCAAAUGCUGGAAUUUGGAGAGAAGAGCCACGAGGUUUCGAUGACGGCACUGCGUCUCCUGCAGAGGAUGAAGAGAGACUGGAUGCACACGGGACGAAGACCUUCAGGCCUCUGCGGAGCAGCGCUCUUGGUUGCUGCCCGUAUGCAUGAGUUCCGUCGCACAAUUAAGGAAGUGAUCAGCGUGGUAAAAGUCUGUGAGGCCACACUGAGGAAAAGGCUGAAUGAAUUUGAGGACACGCCCACUAGUGAGCUGACUAUUGAGGAGUUCAUGAAGGUGGAUCUGGACCAGGAGUGCGACCCGCCCUCUUACACGGCUGGAAUUAAGAAGCUAAAGCUAAAACAGAUUGAGCUGGAGCUUUCAAAAAAAGUUGAUGAUAUUGAAGGUGAAAUCUGUGGCUAUCAGGAUGAGAUUGAAGUCGAGCUGGAGAGCUGCAGGCCCAAAGCCAGGGGAUUUUAUGCAUCCUGUUCCAGAGAAGAUGAUGUGAUUUCCUUGGCAUCAUCCGGUGUCCUUGCUGGUGAUGAUGAAGGAGAGGACGAUGAGCUGAGGGCAGCAGCGUCUCACCUGUGCAGUGCUGUAUGUGGAGAUGAUAGAGGUGGCUAUCAGCAGGAGCGAGAUGGAGAGAAAGUCUCUCCAACCAAACGGCCCUCGUUAGCAUUAUUGCUUGGAGCUUUGCCCACUGCGGCCAGUUUGGGCCUGCCCGAGUCCAUCACCAAAAUGGGAGAGGAGAAGGAGAACGAUGUGGAGGCAGAAAGCGGUGAGCUAGACCUGAACGGUAUCGACGAGGACGAGAUUGAUCGUUAUAUCCUGAAUGAGAAGGAAGUUAAGGUGAAGACCGAACUGUGGAUGCUUCAAAAUGCAGACUACCUCAAAGAACAGAAAGAAAAGGAAGAAAGAAUAGCAAAGGAAAAGGAGGAGGGUACAUAUAAAGAGCGGAAGCCUAGAAAAAAGUCAGCACGGAGGCGUGAGCCCAUCAAUGCCAGCACUGCAGAUGAAGCCAUUGAAAAGAUGUUAGAGCAGAAACGCAUCUCCACUAAAAUAAACUACGAUGUCCUGAAAGACUUGAACAAAUCCAGCCCAAAAAGUCCCACUCGCCAGCCUGAAGAAGCUUCCACUGGAGCCAAAAGAACCCCCGCGGCCCAUCAACGGAAACUCCAACUGACUUCACCCAAUAUUGGCAAAACUGUCAGCAGUUUUGGCAAGAGGUUACAGCCUUUGGUGUGUGCACAACCCUCUAAGAAGCUGGCCCUCGAUCAGGAUGGAUCUGGUGCUCCAGUGGCCGCUCCUGCUGCCCCAACCCAGAAUACUAUUGUUGUAGAGAGCGGACCAGUGGCGUACGAUGAGCCUGCAGAUGAAGAAGAGGAGGAUGAGGAGGAUGAACACUGUGUCAGUGCCGUGCAGUUAAUGGGCAGCACUGAUUAUGGUUAUGAAUUAGAUGAUGAUGAUGGCUUCUGAAUCCAGGGUGGGAGCACCAGUGGAGAGGACACACUAACAUUUAGCCUGCUGCUUAUUUUGACCCCAAAACACACAUGCAACAACCUCCAUCUCACUACUCCUGGUGUUCGUGCUUAUGUUUGCAAGAUGAAAAGAAAUAUUGUGAACUUUACACACAACAGAGGAGAAGAACUAUAGCUAAACAAGAACAAAGACCCUACCUUCUUGUUUGUGCUUUUCAAUAGGUGCAUGUUCUGAGCUCAUGUGCACUAAGUAACUUAAACACCAUUUAAAACAGGAGUAUGAGAGUAAAUGGAUGUGUGUGGUGACUGGGAGAGAUGAUUCUCUCUAUCUCUCGCUUGCUAACUGCAUUACUGUGUGUUUUAGGCUAAUGAUGACAUAUGAUCUUGCACAUCUAAAGCGAUUAGCCCACACGAGGCUCAGGCCUCUGUGUGGACAAAAACGUGUGCAUGUACACGUGCCUUUUACAAUUGCAGUAUACAGGCCUUGAAAAGUAUGAUGAUUUUUAGAGCCAAAGUGUUAUUCUUUAAACCAGAUGUAGCUUUAUGGUUUCAGAGUGGAUUACAGGUGUGAAAUCUGAUUAGUGACAGUGUUAAAUUUUGCUCAGCUACUUGGCUGGUUUCCUAGUGCCUUUUUUAAUUUUUAUUAUUAAAUUACCCACUGGUCUGUUG